GACUUGACAAGAUAUUCUACAAAUCUUUUCGAGGCAGUAUUCAACGAGCAAGCAAACGGAACGGUCUGGACAACGUCUCAGUAUUUUCGACGUCCACUGAAUACAAAAGUAGUUAUUGUUUAAUUAAAAUUUGUACACGCGCAAGUUCUGAAGUGAAUUUCGGUCAAACAGCACAGAUACGCGCAAAUCGGCAUAUUUCAGUUUAAAAAAUUUUUUAUUUUCCAAAUAAAAAGCCUUGUUAUUGAUUUCAUAAAUCAACUAAGCACACAGCAAUAAAUUCAAAUAAAUAAAAAUUCUUUUGAAAAGGACAACUUUAAGCGAAAUUCACACAACGAAAUUCCUCAACCGAAUUCGGCUAUCCGAAAUCCACUCAACAUGCAAACUCGUAUUUCUUUUGUGAUUUUGUGCAUUCUGCAUGCGAUAUAUGCUGCACCACAGUUAAUAUCUUUUAAAGAUGGUAAAGUUGGUGUUAAUUUUGGUGGUUAUCAUGCAGAAGCUGGAUUAGGUGGCAUCUUAACUGGUAAUCCAGCUCACGGUGGCUUAUCUGCUUCAGCUGGCACACCAUGGGGACCACAAGCUGCUGCUGGAUUACAAGGAAACCUUAAUGGACGUGCUGCCGGUUUUGGUUAUGCUGGUGCUCAAGCAAAUCCAUCAGUUGGCGCUGGCGCUGUUCUGGGUGGUGCAACUGAUGAAGGUGGAUUCCUUGGGGCAGAUGCGUAUGCUAAUGGUAAAUCAACAUCAAAAUCUGUAUCAGGUUUUUUCCCACCACCAGAAAGUUACCAGGUGCCAUCAAUAUUUUCACCAAAUGAUGAAAUCAUUCCAACAAAUACUGGCGACAACGUUCAGAAAAUUAAACCACCAAAAAAGUAUUCACUUUUUAAUGCAGAGCGCCCUCAAAGCAACGCUGUACAUUCAAAAACUGUGGUAAAAACUGUGAACACAGUCGCACAGCCUGAGCCCGCACUAGAACCUGUGGCACCAGCACACAAGGAUGAUCGCCUGACUGUAAGUUGCUGCCAGCCAGGAAUUGUCAAUAGCGCCUUAAAUAUUCCAAUCGGUAUUUUACGCUCAUUGCAAGAUUCUCUUUCUGGUUUUCAUGUAACCAAAUCUGUCUCUGUAUCUAAGUAAAGUGAUGCCUAUAACACCGAUGCUUUUUGUAUUAGUUAAAAUUUUCUAUUUAAUGUAAAAUAUGAAAUAUAAUAUAUGAAAUAGGGAACUUAAGUAAUGUUUAAA